AUGUCGAGUUUGUCGGUGAGAGACCCAGCCAUGGAUCGAUCGCUGCGUUCAGUGUUCGUGGGGAACAUUCCUUAUGAGGCCACCGAGGAGCAGUUAAAGGGCAUUUUUUCGGAGGUUGGUUCCGUUGUCAGUUUCCGGCUCGUAUACGAUAGAGAGACCGGGAAAUCCAAGGGCUAUGGCUUCUGCGAGUACCAAGACCAGGAGACGGCGCUCAGUGCCAUGCGAAACCUGAAUGGGCGCGAGCUCAGCGGCCGGGCGCUGCGGGUGGACAAUGCUGCCAGUGAAAAGGACAAGGAGGAGUUGAAGAGCUUGGGGCCCGUGGCGCCCAUCAUUGACUCACCCUAUGGGGACCCUAUCGAGCCGGAGGACGCCCCUGAGUCAAUUACCCGAGCAGUCGCUAGUCUCCCCCCGGAGCAGAUGUUGGAGCUGAUGAAGCAGAUGAAGCUCUGUGUCCAAAACAGCCCCCAGGAAGCGCGAACAAUGUUACUUCAGAACCCGCAACUGGCUUAUGCGCUCUUGCAGGUGCAAGUAGCGAUGAAAAUCAUAGACCGAGAGACUGCUCUGAAAAUUCUCCAUCCCAAGAUACCCGUUACACCGCUGAUCGCAGGCAAAUCUCAGCGUGUGUCUGGCCCUGUCGCUGGCCCCGUCGCUGGCCCUAGCCAUGGGCUCUGCCCAGGACCUAAUGUGUUGCUGAACCAGCAAAACCCUCCAGCUCCUCAGCCCCAGCCUUUGGCUAGAAGACCUGUGAAAGACAUCCCUCCUCUGAUGCAGACACCUAUCCAGGGUGGAAUUCCAGCCCCGGGGCCCAUGCCAGCUGCAGUUCCUGGGUCUGGUGCUUUAACUCCUGGUGGAGCUCCGCAGCCCCAACUUGGAAUGCCAAUGGUUGGUCCUGUGCCUUUGGAGCGGGGACAGAUGCAGAUGUCGGAUCCCAGAGCUCCUAUGCCACGUGGACCCAUCACUGCUGGUGGACUACCUCGUCGAGGGUUGUUGGGAGAUGCUCCAAAUGACCUGCGUGGAGGGACUUUGCUUUCAGUCACUCACGCUGGAGAAGUGGAGCCCAGGGGCUAUCUUGGGCCACCUCAUCAGGGCCCCCCCAUGCACCAUGCCCCUGGUCAUGACGGCCGUGGCCCUUCCUCACGUGAGAUGAGGGGAGGGCCAAUCGCUGAUCCCAGAAUGCGAAUUGGAGAGCCCAGAGGACAGAUGAUAGAUCAAAGGGUUCUACCUCUGGAUGGUAGAGGUAGUAGAGACUCUCGAGGGAUGGAGACCCGAGCCAUGGAAACUGAGGUCUUGGAGGCACGAGUGAUGGAGAGAAGAGGAAAGAAGACCUGUGCAAUGGAAGCCAGAGGCUUGGAUGGAAGAGGAAUGGAGAUAUGGGGCCCUGGCCCCAGUUCAAAAGGCCCUAUGACCAGUGGAAUCCAGGGUCCUGGUUGCAUUAAUAUGGGGGCAGGUGGUCCACAGGGACCCAGGCAGGUCCCAAGCAUUUCAGGGGUGGGAAAUCCUGGAGCUAGCAUGCAGGGAGCAGGCAUGCAAGGACCAGGUAUGCAGGGAGGAGGCAUGCAAGGGGCAGGCAUGCAGGGAACAGGCGUACAGGGGGCAACUAAGCAAAGUGGAGGCCAGCCUAGCAGUUUUAGUCCAGGGCAGAGCCAAGGAACUCCACAGGAUCAAGAAAAGGCAGCUUUGAUCAUGCAGGUUCUUCAACUGACUGCAGAUCAAAUUGCCAUGCUGCCUCCUGAGCAAAGGCAGAGUAUCCUGAUCUUAAAGGAACAAAUCCAGAAGUCUACUGGACGUUCUUGAAAUACUUCAUAGUAAUCCCAGAAAGUUUUUUUUUUCCUUUUUCUUUUUCUCUUUUUUUCUUUUUAGCAUGGAGAAUGGGUGCAAAAAGCUGACGCCUGCAUCCCCACAGUUGAAUGAUUAGGGCAGAACCUAAUCUC